AUGCCAAUCUUUUUGCUUCUUUUCAUGGUUCUUUCAAUCGAUUGUCAACUAUAUCCACGAUUUCCAAAAGAUCCCAAACUUCUCGCCGAAUUAAAUGACUUUGAGCUGAGAUUAUUGCGAGAUUUUUCGAGAGGACGGGGACGACCACUUCGAGUCGAAUCAGAUUCCGUAGACGAUUUUCUUUUUCCAAAAGAAGUAGAAGAAAAGAAAGCCUCGAAUGAGGAGAGAUUUUUGCCACGAGAGCUCGCUCGAUCCAUGUUCAGCACCGAUCGAUCGCCCGACGAUGGAGUAAUCGCUUUUGAGGCGUUGACCCCGAGAAUUGGAACGAGUGAAUUCAUUUCACCAACGGAUAAAGCAAACAAUUUUUUGACGUUAAGCGAGCCACAGAGACGAGAGUUCACGCAUCAAUCGUUAAAACCUGUUCCCGAAUUGUUGCCACCCGAUGGAGUCCGCAUUCGACCGAAAUCAAUCGAAAAACAUUCAAAUUUGUUGAAAGAGCAAAUAAGAGAGCCCGAUCGAGAGACUUUCAAAGAAUAUGCAACAAUUAUACAACAAUUGAUUAAUCUCAAAAAAGCCUCAAAAUUUGAUUCAACUAGCACUGAAGAGCCGCUCAUUCCACUCACCGCCUCGCAACAACUCACGAAAGUGAGAAAGCAAAGACUCUAUCCAGCAAAUAUUCAACCAAUUCAUCCAAUUCGAACUGAUCAAAGAAAUCAACACAAUGCUAUUUUGGCAGCUCCGAAUCGUCCCGCGAACACAUGGCAACCAGUGGACGGAUCGACAAAUUUGGAAGAUGGUGAAGAUUGGGAAACGAAAAUGCACGAAUUGUCUGAACAACUCCAUACCCUGUUAGCGCAAAUCAAGGAAACGAAAAAGAAAUCAAAGAAGAUUGAUGUGAAAAAGAUUCGACCACGAGUGACAGUGCUGAGAAAUGGAUCAGCUGAACAAACGAGUGAUAACGAGUACUUGUUUGUCGCGUCGAUCACUUUGAUUCAAGAUGAAGGGCGGAAUAUUCUAGUGGACACUGGGUUGGGCACUGAUGUGAGGGGAAGAGCGGAGCUGUUGGGCAAACUCGGUGAACUCGGCCUUUCACCUUCACAAAUCCAAAUCGUCAUCUCAACGCACGGUCAUCCAGAUCACAAUGGAGGAAUCGGGAAUUUCCCUGAUGCCAUUCACUAUCAUGGAUGGUUCAUUCAUCAGCACAAUAUCUUUAAUUUGAGUCAUUUAUUUGAGGGUGAUCGUCAACAAUUGACUGAGAAUGUUCACCUAAUCAAAACACCCGGUCACACCUCGGAUGACAUUUCAGUGGUGGUGAAAAACGUGGAACGAUUUGGGAAUGUUACUGUGACUGGCGAUGUUUUCAUUCGAAGCGAAGACACAGAUCAUCCAAUCAUGUGGCGACCGCUUUCUUUCAAUGAAACUCAACAAAAUAUCUCGAGACGUUACCUUUUGUGUACCUCAAAUUAUUUGAUUCCUGGCCAUGGACCUGGGUUCUUUGUCACUCGACAAAUGAGAGCCAAAUUCGGAUGUAAU